AUGAUAUGGUUAGGACCUGGCAAAACAUCUGUACCUCCUCCGGAGGUUCAACAGGCUAUGGCUGCUGCUAAGGAAUCUUCUUCUUCCGGUGAAGGCGUUACAUAUGAUGAUGAGGAAUGGGUACCAGAGUUCAGUGCAGGAUCAGGAGAGAAGGUACCGAUGAUAUGGUUAGGACCUGGCAAAACAUCUGUACCUCCUCCGGAGGUUCAACAGGCUAUGGCUGCUGCUAAGGAAUCUUCUUCUACCGGUGAAGGCGUUACAUAUGAUGAUGAGGAAUGGGUACCAGAGUUCAGUGCAGGAUCAGGAGAGAAGGUACCGAUGAUAUGGUUAGGACCUGGCAAAACAUCUGUACCUCCUCCGGAGGUUCAACAGGCUUUGGCUGCUGCUAAGGAAUCUUCUUCUUCCGGUGAAGGCGUUAUAUAUGAAGGCCAGGAGUGGGUACCAGAGUUCAGUGCAGGAUCAGGAGAGAAGGUACCGAUGAUAUGGUUAGGACCUGGCAAAACAUCUGUACCUCCUCCGGAGGUUCAACAGGCUAUGGCUGCUGCUGGGGAGUCCGUGUCGGCACCUGCUCAGCAAAGUGAUACUGCAAGUACUUCUAGUUCUCCGAGAAGAAGGGGAAGAAAAAGGGGAAAGCGAUCAUCGAAGAAGGGUUCUAGAUCCCCUCCCAUGCAGCAGUCAGCGUCAGCAGAAGGAGGAGCAGCGGCAGCAGAAGGAUCUGCUGCUGGGGAACCGGCUUCAUCCCUGCCGGACGCACCCCCUUUCCCCCCCUUUAUAUAUGACGGCCAGGAAUGGGUACCAGAGUUCAGUGCAGGAUCAGGACAGAAGGUACCGAUGAUAUGGUUAGGACCUGGUAAAACACCUGUACCUCCUCCGGAAGUUCAAGCUGCUUUGGCUGCUGGGGCUAGAGCUAGAAGAGGAAGAAUGGAUAAAAAGUCUGGUGGGUCGUUUCCCUCACGGCGAUCUGCUGCACUUGCUGCUGCUGUUGCGGCUGCUGCUGCUCGUCAAGCGACAUCAGCUCCGGAUCUAGGUGCCAGAGAUCUGUUUCCUCCUUGGGCGGACCAAGAACCACAGAAUCCUUUUGCUGCUCUUGAGGUCCCUUAUCAAGCAUCAGUAAAGGGUAAUGCAAAUAUAAGGGAAGGAGGUUUCCCUACUCUUCCUAUAGGAACUGUUACUCUACCUGAGACACCUCCAUCAACAACAGAUGAGGACGAAGGAGGACAAAGUCCUGGUUCUGCGAAUAUUCCCCCAUCAACGCAUGCGGAGGUUAAGCCUAAAGGUCCUUAUCAUCCACCAUUCCCUAGGAGACGCAGAGCACAGAGGGGGGACAAAAAUAAGACGGCUAGUGCAGCAGCAGCACCUGCUGGUGCACCUGCUGCUGCUGGUGCAGCUCCUGCUGCUUCUGAUGCUCCUGCUUCUUCUGCCGCUCCUUCUCCUCCUCCUCCACCUGCUCCUCCUGCUCCUGCUCCUGCUCCUGCUCCUGUUGCCCCUUCCGCUCCUGCUGUUCCUUCUCCUGCUCCAGAAUCAUCUGGUGGUGCUGCUCCGCUGCCUCCUAUUGAUACACUCACUGGCGUUCGUGUAGGACGUGCCGCGUCUGAUCCUGAUACUGGUUCCCUUGCAUCACCACCAUCAUAUGCAGCAACUAUGGGAGCUGCUUCAGCUGCUGUGUCUCGUCGUGCUGGUGGUGCUGGAGGCCGUCAUGCAGCCGAGUGGGUUGUUCCAGGAGCUGGAGGGCAACCUCGAUCUCUUGGGUUCUCCGAUCCUCCUCCCCCUUAUCCAGGAAGCUUACCUGAAUCCGAAGGUUUCUAUCCCAUAGAUCCUGCUGCUCCUGGUGCUUCUGCUCCUGCUGCUUCUGCUGCAGCACCUGUUGCAGCUCCUGUUGCAACUGUUCCUGGUGCUGCAGCUCCUGCUGCAGCAGGCGUUUCGAGUGUGUCGAGAUCUGCGACCCACAUUCCUGUUCAUCGUUCAGUCUUUCAAAAACCAACACCAUUACCAGGACCUCCUGUUGGGUUAUCUGGAAGCACAGUAAGGCCCUCCCCCCCUAAGGAUUCGAUGGCUCGUUUUCUUGCUCCUUGGAUAAAAAUAUCGCACUCUUCUUCUUCCUCCUCUUCCGCUGGUGAUGAUGAUGAUAGAAACAGUGCAACAAGUUUACCUCUUCUUUAUCCUCCUAGGGCUUCUUUGCCUGGUUAUAAACCUGCUGAACAAGUGGGAAUGUUCUUCCCACCCAAUGUGGAUAUCAGCAAAGCUCUUGGUGCUCCUGCUGCUGCUGCUGGUGCUUCUGCUUCUGCUCCUGCUUCUGAUGUACCACCCGGAGGAGGGAAACCGGCACCUUUGCCAAGACGGAAGGUCUUCCCACUGAAGAUAUCUGCUGGUGCUGGUAAAGGAGCCACAGGGGGAGCAGCAGCACCAGCAGCAGCGGCUGAUGUUGCUGCUGGUGCUGCUGCAACACGUGGAGGGGAGGAGCAAGCAUCUACGUCUUCUGGGCAGGGAACGCAAGGGAGAUCUCCACGAAAGAGAUCUAGAGACCAGGCAGGUGGACACUUUACUGGUGGUACGAUCCCCGAUCCUUUUGCUUCUGCUGUUCCUGCUCUUCCUGCUGCUAUUAAACAUCCCCAGUCUUCUUCUUCAAGAAUACCAAGAAUGGCGCCUUAUCAGGGAUCCACCACAGUACUUGCUGCUGCUCAAGGACUCUCGCAGUCUAGGGAAGGUGCCCCCCCUCUUCCUACACGUCCACCUGUUGGUCCUGCUGCACCUGCUGCACCGGCGGCACCUGCGGCACCUGCUGCACGUGCUGCACCUGCGGCUCCUGCAGCUGCCGGUGUACCCCCGGCAUCUGCGGCAUCUGCGGCCCCUGCAGCUGCUGGGGCACCUGGAGUAUCUAAGGGACCUGGGUUUUUCAUGUUACCUGCAACCGUUACGGUACCUACUGCACCUGGUGCACCUGCAGCACCAUUACCGCGUCGAGAACCGAAUUAUGCUUAUCUUACUAGAUCGACUAUGAGGAAUCUUCAUCAGCAGGCCUCUGGUAUGAUUGACAUUAGUACAGAUCCUUUAAGUGUUUGGAAAGACCGCGGAUUGACAGCACCGAUGGUUUAUGUGGAGAAGCUGAAGAGGAAACAUGACGUAGAGAAAAAUCUUAAAGAACAAGUUAAGGAUGUACUUCAUGCCAAUGCUGGUAUACAAGAGAAUUCAAUGGAGUGGACCUGGAGCGACGAUGAAGUGUUUUGGCCGGAUGAUGAUGGUGACUAUGAAUGGGAUUAA